UAGGUUUGUUGCUUGCGCAGAGCCAUCUUUGAAUAUCAACCAAAAUGGCACGAGGGCUUCACAGCCAGUCUCUGAAGCGGACGAAGAGGGAGAGAGUGAAGAAGCGACUGGAGAGGCUGGAGGGCAUCCAGAAGGCCAAGGAGGAUGGCACGUAUGUUCCGAAGCCAUGGGAGAACAGACCCCUCAUCCAGGAGUUGUACGCGUUCGCUCUUAAGAGUCACACGACCAAAGGGGAUCGCCAGAGAUCGGAGAGUCAGAGUAGUUCGGGUGACAAGGAUCCCCUCAUGGAUCUAGAUCUGAGGUCUCCCGGAACUCCUCGCAGUCUUGAAGACGCAGAAAGUGCCUCAGUGCACUCAAAAGACGACGCCAGCUCCCUCACCUCCCGUAGCAGCAAGUACUCCCUGCGCAACAUCGAAAAGCAGCUCCUCACCAAACUCCAGUCAUCCAAAACCAUGCCAGACUGGCUGUCCAGAAAGGACCGACGCAAGGUAUUCCGCAGCAUGAAGAAAGUGAAGAAGAUCAAGAAGACAUCCCGCUUCAAGAGGAUCAAACGCAAACUUCAGAAACGAGAGAACUCCAAAAUGGACACUGCAGACAGUAAAACAACAGAAGCCACUGCUGUAUAAAGACGGAGAAAACUGAUUGAAUGGCUGGAUUUUGAUUUAAACAAGAGUUGUCAUUGUGUUUUACCUAAGUUUGAUAAACUUAUUGCAGUUAUACGGUCCAUCUGAAUAGUUCAGUUUCCUAAAAAAAAGUUUUCUAAAGUU